AUGGGAAAGACCACCGACAAGAAGAAGACCACUCGCACCAAGGAGCCGGUGACCCGGGAUUGCACUAUCCACCUGCACAAGCACAUGCAAAAGGUUGCCUUCAAGAAGCGGGCUCCACGGGCUCUGCGUGUGGUUCGACAGUUUGCCAGCAAGGUGAUGAUGACCACAGAUGUUCGCAUCGAUACCAAGCUGAACAAGUUCCUGUGGAGCAAUGGCGUCCGCAACAUCCCGCGCCGCGUGCGCGUGCGACUCUCCAGGAAGCGCAAUGAGGAGAGGGACUUGACACCGACAGGAUGUUCACCUUGGUGCAGCACGUGCCGGUGGAGAGCUUCAAGGGCCUGCAGACUGAGAACGUGA